CAUUGAAUAUUCACCAUGCCAACAGUAGAAGCACCCAACACAAACGGUGGAAACCAAUCUCAAUUCCAGGAUAUCCUAACUACUUUUACCUCACUAACAGAUCCCCUUGCUAUUCAUAGUGCACUCCUUGUUCUAGAUCAUGCAUUGCAAGGAGCCAAUGCAUCUGAAGCGACUCAGCAAAUUCUGAGCUCUAUUCCCUUAUCACACUUUCUUCAACUCCUGGAGACAGAUCAUGGCAACGACACGGAGCUCACCAUUGAUAGGACUUGCAACGUAAUUGAAUCUCUCCUCCGGGACCAGUCCUUUUCAACCAUUAGUCAAGAUUCAUUGUUGCAUGAUGCACUUCUUCAAGCCCUAAACGCUGCUUUCCCUCGAGUCCAUGCCUUGGGACUAUCACAGGUGGAUAAAAUUGCCAAUGAGAACAUCUCGGUCCUAAAAUCCAUGUUGGAAUCAGAUGUCUUUAAGGCUACUGUAGAAGGCAUUGCAUCAGAAAGUAUCGCCAUUGCAGAACGCUCCAAGCAAACUUUGUUAAAGAUCUGUAAAGGACAGGAUAGGCUCAAGGCAGUUGUCAACUACGACCCAUCAUUUUACUUGAUCCGCAAUCUUGCAACCUCAAGAGGUUCAGUUGUCCAACUGCGUAUGAUUGAGGCCUUAGCCUCACUGGCAGGAGAAUCACAGGAAUCUUUGAAUCUAUUGGAAAGCAUGGGCCUUUUGGACUCGCUUAAAAAUGGCUUGGGUGCGGUGGAUAUUUUGACUCGCUUUAAUAUUAUUGAGAUCUUGUCAGAGUUCGGGGCCACAAAAGCUGGAAGUCAAUAUCUCGACCAAUCAGGCAUAUUGAAGCGACUAGGAGAAGUUGUACAAUUUGAAGUACAGGAUGACGAACUGGGAACGACUGCUAUCAUAAAACUAUAUGGGAAAUUGGGAUCAUCAACUGAUAUCGAUUUUAUUGCCUUGGAUAUGAAGUACCAGAUCUUAUCUCAACUCCAGUGGAUCUUAGUCGGUAGUGAUGACUAUACACCAUCUGAGUCAUUGCAGGUGGAAGCAAUGGCCACCUUUGGGUUGUCUGGAGGCAAUAUUCGAAAUUUGGAGUGGGUCUGUGAUAGUUCAUGCGCUUCUACAUUCAUUGGCCUCUUGUCAACUCUACGCCGUGAUAGUAAAGUCGGGUGGUACCACUCUCUUGCGCAGAUUUUGGCCUGCAGUUCGAAUCCUUCCUCAGAGAUACAACGCAUCAUUUCAAACUUCUAUAGCAAGCUUGAAGAACCAGGACAGAGUCCAUUUAUUACUCGCCUUCUUGUUUCUGCUAAAUCCCAAACUACAGAGCUGUCUAUGUCGGCAUUAACGGUGAUGAUAUCCUUGGCGCGCUAUCCUUUUGGCGUGCAGAAUAUGGGUUCACAACGAGAGGUAAUCUCAUUUCUUUUGGAUCGGAACGCUGAGUUAUCUCAUCCGCAAAAGGUUGCCAAAUUUGAAGUGAUCGAAGCAGUUCUCAAGACUUACGAUGAUGCAAAGAGAACAUCCAAUACGAGCCUACUAAUGAACGAUCAAGUAUCGCAUCUCGACCUUAUUCGUCGUCAAGGCCCUUUUUACCAACGCGCCACUGCUACAGUUGCUAUCCAAGACAUUGCAGCAUAAUAACACACAUCAAAUAAUUUUUUACCCAUUUGUUUAUUAAUUGUGACAAGUCUUGUACAGGUUUAAGAGAGAAUAAGUAAAAAUAUGCAAUGACUUCUGCAGUUCUUUUUGUGCAGAAGGAAACAAAG